AUGACUACAUUAGAUGCCUUAAUAAAUAAAGCUACAGAUCCAACGCUUACCUCAGAUAACUGGCAAUACAUUUUAGACGUAUGCGACAAGAUAUCCUCAAAUCCAGAAUUGGAAACUAGUAGGGCGGUCAACUUGAUAAAGACCAAAAUCACAUCUACCAAAGAUGCAAAUACUAUUUUAAGAUCCUUAUCUUUGCUAGUUUCGAUAGCUGAAAAUUGUGGUUCCCGAAUGAAACAGGAGAUAGCCACUAAAUCUUUUCUUGAAGAUUGUCUUAUCAAGAAGUUACUGGAUAGGAAAUUACACAUUACUGUCAAGUACAGAAUCAUUGAAGUUCUCGAACAAUUGAACAAAAGCUUCAAGUCAGAUCCUUCGUUGAAACCGAUGAAUGAUGCAUACAAUUUAGUAAAGUCGGAUUAUCCCCAAUAUUUCAAGGCCCAACAAGGUCCUAGUAAACCAGCAAAACAAGAAAGGACACAGCAGGAUAAGAACAAGGAAGAUGAGGAGUUACAACGUGUAUUGAAGUUAUCGUUGCAAGAAUAUGAGAAUGAGCAGAAUUUGAAGAAGCAAUAUUUGAAUAAUAAACCUUUGCCGGAGUCGCAACAGCCACAGCCACAACAAGAACAACAGCGUGCUGUGUCUCCAGCUGGAUCAGAGGAAGAACAAACGGUUGCAACAGUGUCAAAAGUCAGAGCGUUAUAUGACUUGAUAUCGUAUGAAGAAGAUGAGCUUUCGUUCAGAAAAGGUGAUGUAAUAACUGUUAUUGAAUCUGUUUACAGAGAUUGGUGGAGGGGAUCCUUACCUAAUGGGAAGAUUGGAAUUUUUCCUUUAAACUACGUGACUCCUAUAGUCAACAAAUCUCCCCAAGAGUUGGCUCGAGAGAAUGAAAUGGAAGGCAAGUUGUUGGAUGUGGGUCAAAAGCAAAUUGAUAGGUUAUUGGCUAUUUUAUCUACCAAUGACGUAUCCCAGAUUGAUGAAGAUGAAGUAACUGAGCUAUACAACAAUGUGAUAUCUUCGAGAAUUCAAUUGGGGAGUUUUAUAGACAAGUAUAGUGUUCGUCAAGAAGAAUUGGGAGUUUUGAAUACGCAAUUGAAUACAGAGAUCAAGUCAUAUAAUGAGCUAUUGGAUAAGCUGAUCAAUAAUAGAUCGAAACAAGCUAAUGGAAAUGCCUAUAAUCAACUUCCAUAUCCUGCGGCAACGCAUGAAGUACCGCAACUAGUGCAACAACCGCAACGACAAGCAAGUGGUCCUCAACCACAGUAUCAGCCGCCCCAACAAGUCACUCGUCCUCAACCUCAAUAUCAACAGCCCCAACAAGCAACAGGUCCUCAACCGCAGUAUCAACAACCAACGGGAUCACAUCCAUCCUUGCAACACCCAACUGGACAGCAACAACAGUACCAGCAUGGUCCACUAUCCCAGCCUCAAUUUCAGCAACAACAACCUUCUCAACCACAGUUUCAGCAAAGUACGGGUUAUAAUGCUCAAUAUAGUGGUCAACAAUAUCCCCCAUAUCCCAAUCCCCAACAAAUAAACCAACAAAACACCAGUGCUGGUUUUGGAAACUCUGGUUAUUAG